AUGAGCUGUUUCGAACGAGGAGACACUGAACAAGUCGAGCUGCAGCCAUGCCCUGCCGAACCCUGCACCGUAAAAAAAGGAGAGACUGUUAAGAUAAAGGUCUCCUUCAAAGCAAACCAAAACUCCGCCAAACUGUCGACCAAGAUCAGUGCUGUGAUUGAUAACAAGAAUGAGCUGGUCCUUCCGUCGGUGAAGAGGAACACCUGCAGGAACCAGGGCAUCAAGUGCCCCCUGGAGCAGGGCACCGACUACGUUUUUGAGUACAACCUGGAAAUCAAGCCGUCCUUCCCCACUCUGGACACCACUGCCAAGCUGAACAUAACGGGAGCGGAAGGACCCGUCUUUUGUGUUACCUUCCCCAUACACUUGGUUGAAUAACACUGCGACUGCGGGAAGAGAGAAAACAGUUUUCGAACGGCGUCUUGUCAUCGUGUGACUAUCACUAGGAGCGGGAGCUCGUGCCUUAAUUGUAAUCUACGAAUUGAAGCGUGCGUCCGCUGCGUAUUUUGCUCGGAAGUAUGCCGCCGCUUUACGACGUACGGAUCUGUGUUUCUUCUUGUGAUUAUCAACCAUUAAAAAACAACAAACCUUGUCGUGUACAAUAUUUGUGUUCGAGUGAAUAAAGAUCAUACGCCACGCAA